AUGACUGACAGCUAUGUCAAUGCUAGUUCUCCUAAGCCCGUGACAGCCUUUGACGAGGCCAGCAAGGCCGCUGCUCGUCUCAUCAAGCCCAAGACGAUCCUGUACACAAGCGCACUGCUUUCGUGGAUGCAGCCAUUCCAGAGCGGUUGGUCCACCUCGCAGAUGAACCUAUCGCAAUACAAUGACACGGACGAGUGCAACGCCCGUCCAGUAGCCGAGAAUACGUGCCUCAUGUUCCCGGGUCACUCGAAGCUGGAGUGGACGUUCGCGGUGAACGCGUGGAUCUUUGGUGCCAUGGUCGGGUCGCUUUGCUGCGGCUACUACAGCGACAAGUAUGGUCGCAAGAAGACUCUCAUGGGCAACUGCAUCUUUAUGAUUGCGGGAGGUGUCGUGAUGGCAUCCGUGUCGAACAUUUGGGUCUUCGCUUUGGGCCGUUUUCUUGCUGGUAUAGCAUCGGGUACGGCCACAGCCACGAUCGGCGGCUACAUCAAUGAGCUGUCGCCUCCGCAUAUGCGCAACACUCUAGGUCUGGGUCUGCAGAUCUCAGCUACAAUGGGUAUUCUAUUCCCUGCCAUCUUCUUUUUCGUCGCGAACACAAGCUCUGGGUGGCGUUAUCUGGCUGCGUUCCCUGUCGUUUUGGCUACCAUCUACCUCUUUAUGGCACCGUCAUUAUGCGUGGAGAGUCCUGCGUGGCUUUUGACCAAAGGACGCAGCGAAGAGGCGAAACAGGUUAUUGCUCGACUUUACGGCGAAGAGUAUGUGCAGACGGCUUUAUCGUGGCUGGAGGUAAGCAAGGCUGGCACCGAAGAAGGCCGGGUUGCUACGCCUCUCAAGACAGAGUCUAUGUUUGCGCCUCGCUACCGUAUGCAGCUUCUCGGUGGGAUCAUGCUGUCGUGCGCACAGCAACUCUCGGGUAUCAACGCCGUGUUUUACUACUCCGGAACCAUUUUCUCGGAUGCCGGUAUUUCGGACUCACGCGUUGGCACACUCAUCAUUGACUUUAUCAACAUCUGGCCUGCUUUCUUUACUGGCGUGCUAGCCAACCGCUUCGGUGCUCGUAACAUGAUCCUGUGGGGUCUGGCAGGUAUGGUGGUCAUGUCCGUCGGUAUGACGGUGGCGUUCCUUGUUGACGUGUCGGCCCUGUCGGUCGUGUUUACUGCGCUGUACGUGGUCGUAUUCGGCGUGACGUUGGGGCCUCUUGUGUGGGUGAUGACCGCCGACAUUUUCCCCGACUCGAUCCGCUCCAGCGCCUCGUCCCUUUGCAUCGGCAUCAACUGGCUGUGCAACCUGAUUGUGGGUGUGUCCUAUCCGUACGUUUCAGACGCAUUGAAAGACUACGCAUACGUUCCGUUCGUAGUGCUCUUAGCGAUCUUCUACCUGCUGGCCCUGAAGCUCGUACCGGAGACAUCUGGCAAGACGGCAGAAGAGCUCCAGGCCGAGUACGACUUGCGCCGUGAACAGUAG